UCUUGUGUAAGCGGAUGUCAGAGCGACUGGUUACCAAAUAAUAAUGUAUGCAGUCUGAUGUUCUCGAACUGGGCUAUUUUCGCUACCUUCUGCUGCUGUUUAUCUUUUUAAAAGUUUUUUGAAACUUUGUUUUGUUUGAUAAACUAGAAGUGCAUGUGUAGGUUUUACCAAAAAUUAUGAACUCCUAUGAAGAUUUGGAAAAGAUCUACAGACCAUCGGCAACAAUCAUUAUAGCAGCAAAAGACCCUGUAAAGGAAUACGGUUACGAUUACAGGAUACUCUUGGCUAAACGUACAAUGCGAACAGCAUAUGCUCCUGAUCACUUUGUCUUUCCCGGUGGUGUACACGAUGCAAAUGCCGAUGAUGAUAUUAAAUGGUUAGAAUAUUUUGAAGAAUUUGGAAUAUAUGCAGACGAUUUGAAUAAAUUAUGUUUGGAACAUUUGCCAAACCGCCCACAGCCUUUAAUGACGAACAAAACCCAUGUGUCACGUGAUAUUUCAUUACGUCUUACGGCUGUAAGAGAAGCAUUUGAAGAAGUUGGACUGCUCUUGUGUCUGUCGCGGGAGCAAUAUCGUCGUGAGCAUAAAGGAUGUGCAACAAGCCAUCAAAAGUUCAAUCGCUUCCAUUGGCAAGAAAAAGUUCAUAACGAUCCCUACGAAUUUUUAAAUUUGUGCAAAUUUUUGGAUGUGGUUCCAGACAUAUGGUCACUGCACGAGUGGAGUAUUUGGCGAAGUCCACCAGCAUCCUUGAAAAAAUACGACACCAUUUUGUAUAUAGUGGCCCUGGAACAAAAGCCACAGCUACUUUUGGAACCCACUGAAGUUGAAGAGGAGUUAUGGAUUUCGCCAAAGCGUGCCCUGCAUCUUUUCAAAGAACGUCACAUUUGGUUACCACCUCUACAGUUCUAUGAACUCAGUCGACUGUCAAAUAUUUUAAGUUGGUCCAAACUUAGAGAUUUUGCAAAACACAGAGCUGCUUUUGGCAGCACACUAUUAAUGCUGGCUUAUCAUCGCUGUUAUGAUUCACUUGUGGGAACACUGCCAAAUGAUGACUUCUAUCCCAAAAGCCCAGAAGAUCACAAAGAAACAAUUGUUUUAUCAGAAUCAUUAUCAAGUUUUGAAUCCAAAGCAAAAAAUAUUCACCGUUUAAUUUAUAAUGACAUGUAUGAUAUUUCCAUAGUCUGCAAUAUUCCACCAAUAGACAACCACCUAAGUCCGACGCAAAAGUUUGAAAAUAGCAAGCUUUAGUUUGCAUCGACAAAACGCAAAGCUGAACAAACUGCGGCAAUGAGGUAUAUCUUAGUCUGCAUUAGUAAGUCUCAAAUGUAGCACUAUUUUAACAGGUAUAGGGAAUUGCUUUAAAUCAAAAUUAAAAACAAUGUACUUCAUUCAAUAUUUUUCACAUAAGUAUUUUUUAAGCAAAUUAAUUAAAGGAAUAAAGGA